GGGCGGGCCCGCUAAGUUUAGCCGCCCUCACUUGCAGGUGAGUAGGGCGCCUUCUGAGACGCACUCGAAACGUUUAGGUUCUUCACCGUGUAGGUUUCUUGAGUCGAGUUCGGUUCCGGUCACCGAAACCAUACAACCAUACAACCAUGCAGCCGCCACGGUUCUAGUGAACAUGAUACGCCGGUUAUGGAUGUACGUGUUCGUGGUGGGAGCCGCAAGCUUGGCUCUCACGGCGUUACUCUACUCCGGACAGUUUAACCCAGAGACGGUGGCUACCCGCUCCGUGGACAGGCUCUUUGGAGACGCACAGGGAGCAGAUGUUCCAGGAGAAGACGUCCUGCGGAAGCAGCAGGAGGAGGUGGAGCAGCACUCAGCCAGCUGCUCUCUCAGACGUGAGACGCAGAAUGACGUGACGUUCAGGAGGCGCUUCAACUUCUCCGUCCCAGUGUUCCAGUGGGCCUCCAGCUUCAACCAAUCAGAAUGGGUGCGACUCCGUGACAUCACCCCUCCCUAUGGCUGGCAUGGGAUACCUAACGAGGAUGUGAGGAGUGUCCUGGUGCUGCUCUCUGGUGUGUCCAGUUCUCUGUUUGACCGGAGCUCGUCUCCGGUGUGUGUGACCUGUGCUGUCGUCGGCAACGGCGGAAUACUGCGGGGGUCCAGGCAGGGCAGCGCCAUCGACGCCCACCACUAUGUGUUCAGAUUAAACGGGGCCAUAACUAAAGGCUAUGAGGAGGAUGUGGGCUCUAAGACAUCCUUCUAUGGCUUCACCACCAACUCCAUGAAGAACUCCCUGAGUGCCUACAAUAGAGAUGGCUUCACCCAGACCCCACAGAGCCAGGAGCUGAAGUACAUCUUCAUCCCUGCUGAGCCGCGGGACUACGUGAUGCUUAAGGCCGCCCUCCAGAGAACCACCGUUCCCUCCGGGAAAGACCAGGGAGACCGGCCCACUAAGUAUUUCGGGUCCAAACCCUCCGUGGAGAAAUUCAGGAUUCUCCAUCCGGACUUCAUCACCUAUGUGGUCAAGAGGUUCCUGAAGUCUCGCCAGCUCAAGUCGGAGUUGAGGCACCUGUAUAUGCCCAGCACUGGAGCACUCAUGCUGUUUACCGCCUUACACACCUGUGACCAGGUGUCGGCCUAUGGCUUCAUCACUCGUAACUAUGACAACUUCUCCGACCACUACUACGACUCCAAGCGGAAACCGCUGCAGUUCUUUGCCAACCACGACCUCAAGAUGGAGGCGCGCAUGUGGCAGAUCAUGCACCUACGGGGGUUCAUAACGCUUUACCAGAGACGCUAACACACACACACACACACACACACACACACACACACACAACCACGACCUCAAGAUGGAGGCGCGCAUGUGGCAGAUCAUGCACCUACGAGGGUUCAUAACGCUUUACCAGAGACGCUAACACACACACACACACACACACACACACACAACCACGACCUGAAGAUGGAGGAGCGCAUGUGGCAGAUCAUGCACCUACGGGGGUUCAUAACGCUUUACCAGAGACGCUAACACACACACACACACACACACACACACACACACACACACACACACAACCACGACCUCAAGAUGGAGGAGCGCAUGUGGCAGAUCAUGCACCUACGGGGGUUCAUAACGCUUUACCAGAGACGCUAACACACACACACA